UGCCGCGCAACGAUCAUUACUUCAGUCAGGCUAGGAAGAACGCGUUAGGUUUUUAUCUACAAUCUAUAAAGGUGACUUAUUGUAUUACCUAGUUUCUGAGGUAUAACUAUAGUGAAACGAAUCAAUCGAUAACAAUCCAUCAACCGUAACAUUAGUGUGGCUAUAUUUUGCAAUAAAAAUUACUCAAAGUGUGAUCCCGCUUGGAGCUACAGGAAAAAAUUGCUCUGAACAAUCAAAUGUACCAUCAUUGCAUGAUCAGCAAUUAGGACUCAGUGGAUUUACCCAGCGCUGCAUGAAUUACUUUGUACCCUAGCGGCUUAGGACAAUUAAUUGGCGCCAUAUUUUAUCGAGAAACGCAUCGGAAGCGGCAUACCAGGCAACAUUGGGUUUAAAAUUACUUUUCACCCUUUGGGAAUUAUCAGAUUUUUCUAAGCAUCCUGAUUAACAUUUAUCCCGUUAUUUAGACCAAACUUUAGCUAUUAGAAUAAACUGAAUAUUGCUUACUGAUAAAAUCAUGAGUUAAAAAGGAAGUAUUUGAAAUCAGCUGAAUAAUCUCCCAAAGUGUAUGAUAAUUGUUCAAUGCCAACACCUAAUCGUCGCUAACCGGAAUGGAACACAAUCGAAAUCAUUCGGAACGGACCGUACAGGGACGUGGACGACGCGGUGGAACCAACGCACCGCGCAACAAUAAGCGAAGUAAUGGGCAAUCUCAAAUUGGCCAUGGAAGCGGUCAAGGCAGCCGUCCGGCAACCAACAAAGGACAUCAGACUAACCAGACGCAACAGCAGCCACAGCAAGCAACGGCAUCAUCCAGCUCUAGUUUGACCGUUCCAACGGAAGUCAGGCGAGCGUCCAUCCGCGAGACAGCCACCGAACGCGGGGCAAUGCGUGGUCGUCGAACGAUUACGGAUAUUGUCCGUACCAGACCCUUAAACUGUGAAGUCUCGAAGAAAGGCACUUGCGGGCGUCCGAUUAUGCUGCAGGCUAACUACUUCCGAGUUGCGAGAAACUCGAACGAGAACAUUUUCCAAUACCGGGUGGACUUCAACCCGGCCGUGGAAAGCAUUCGGCUGAUGCAUUCGAUCAUACGCACCUUACGAACCAUUCUAGGAGGGUACGUGUUCGAUGGAACGCAGCUCUUCAUCCAGCACAAACUAAGCACCGAUGAGAUGGAAUAUCCUACUAAGGAACCACAAACCGACCAGGCAUACAUCGUUAAGCUGCGAAAGGUUGGCGUCAUCGAUGGUACGACCGAGGUUGCGUUUCAAAUGUACAAUCUGAUCAAUCGGAAAGCGAUGGGUGGACUUAAACUGCAAAUGAUUGGAAGGAACUUUUUCGAUCCCGAAGCUAGAGUGUGCAUUCCGAAUUCUGGUUUGGAGCUGUAUCCUGGGUAUGAAACCAGCAUACGGCAGCACGAGCAAGACGUUCUGAUGUGCGCAGAAAUCAAGCACAAGGUGAUGCACUCCGACACCUGCUAUUCACUGUUUCGGGAAUGUGCUAACCGAGGUGGUAACUGGAAGGACAACUUCAAGCGAGCUUUGCUUGGAAUGGUCGUAAUGGCUAACUAUGGAACUAACAAAACCUAUACCAUUAGUGAUGUAGAGUUUAAUACGACCCCAGAACACUCGUUCGAGACACGGAACGGACAAAUCACUUUCGUGCAGUAUUUCAAAGAACGCUACAACAUAACGAUCCGGGACCCACGGCAGCCGAUGCUGAUUUCACGUGCGAAACCACGUGAGCUACGGGCUGGAAUGACGGAAUUGCUGUACUUGGUUCCAGAGCUGGUUCGCCUCACUGGAAUCACCGACGAUAUGCGCAGGGACUUCAAUUUGAUGCGAUCCCUUGCCGAUCAUACUCGGCUGACACCGGACCGCAGAAUAGCCCGUCUGGAGGCGUUCAACCGACGGUUGCACGACACACAGGAAAGCGCGGAAGUGUUCAAUUUUUGGAAAACCGAACUCGACCGACGUUUGGUUGAGGUGCCUGCGCGUACUCUACAGCCAGAAACUAUCCUGCUUCAUCCUGAAGAUGUGAAUUGUAGAAUUAGCUCCGGAAAUGACGCGGAGUGGCAGAACGCAUUCCGCAACAAUCCAAUGUUCGCCACCGUGGCGCUUAACAACUGGUACGUAGUAGUGCCGGCAGUUACCGAAAAAUUGAUUACCGGUUUUCUGGACUGCCUGAAGACAGUCGCCCGAUCGAUGCGGUUCCAAAUCGGUAACCCGCAACGGCUGGUCAUUCCCAACGAUGCUACCGGGGUAUACGUUGAGAAACUUAACCAAAUCACCCAAAAAGAUCCCCAGCUGAUCAUGUGCAUCGUAACGAACGACAAAGCCGAUCGGUAUGCGGCGAUCAAAAAGAAGUGCUGCGUUGAACGGGCCAUAGCAACGCAAGUACUGAAGGCGAGAACCAUAACUCCAAAGGGCGGAAAUACACGAAAUCUUAUGUCGGUGGCCACAAAGGUGGCCAUCCAGCUAAACUGCAAGCUAGGAGGAAUCCCCUGGAUGGUUCAAAACCCUAUCCCAUGGGUCAUGGUAAUUGGUUAUGAUGCAUGCCACGAUACAAAGGAUCGAUCAAAAACCUUCGGUGCUCUGGUAGCCACGAUGUAUGCGAAGAAUCACGCACUCCCAAAAUACUUUUCCACCGUUAAUCGGCACUCGAGUGGCGAAGAACUGUCGAACUUUAUGGCCCAAAACGUGAUCAAAGCUAUUCGCUCAUACCAGGAAGACUUCGAACUCGUCCUGCCACAGCAAAUCAUUAUCUACCGUGACGGCGUUGGCGAAGGACAGCUGGGAUACGUUUAUCAGCAUGAAAUCGCGGCUAUCAAGGAAAGAAUUAACGCUGCCUGCAAAUCCGAAGCGGACCGACCAAAACUCACCUUUUUCGUUGUCAACAAACGAAUUAACACGCGACUCUUCCAUCAGAAACGAAACCCAGCUCCUGGUACCAUUGUAGAUGACGUCAUAACCCUGCCUGAAAGGAAUGACUUCUUCUUGGUAUCGCAAAGCGUCCGCCAGGGAACGGUUUCCCCAACGGCGUACAACAUUCUGCGCGAUGAAUCCGGACUUGGGCCCGAUCGGCUGCAGAUUUACACCUACAAACAGACUCAUCUCUACUACAACUGGUCCGGCACACUGGGCGUACCGGCAGUCUGCCAGUAUGCCCACAAGCUGGCCUUUCUUGCAGGGCAGUACCUGCACCAGGCACCACAUCAGAAUUUGGAGAAGAAAUUGUACUAUCUCUAAGCUAGCUAUGAGCAUGCUUUUAAUUUUUUUAUUGGAAAUCUUUUAUUCUAAUUAUAUUUUUAUUUUACUUCAAAUUUUAAAACGAUCUAAUGAACCGUACAACGGUUCGGAUAUUUAAUAUUUUUAUUCUAAGCAACAUAUUUACUUAAUCAAGCAUAAUUUUACUAUACCAUAAUACAUCGUUGAAUAUACUUUUAAAUAUCAUUUGUACUACAUUCCAUAUUCUACAUUACGAGCAGAAAAAAAACUCUUUGAAAGAUUUUACUACUUUAUUCUAAGAGCCACAUAAAAUUACCUAUAAAUUAUGGUCAGGAAAAACGAAACUUAAUGCAUGACAGCUAAAAACUUAUCGGCCAAAUCAAAUUGUUGAGAGUCGCAGCAAAUCGAAAAAAAAACAUCAUACCAAAUUAAUGAUAGGAAACAUUUUAAAAGUAUUUUUAACUCUAUCCCCGCGGAGAGAAAUCAGUUUUUACUUCGUGAAAUGACAUUCAAACUCUUAUUACCCAGCAACCGCAGGCAUAAUUGGCACAAACUAUAUUGCAUGUUGAAGAUCAAUCUGUUCUCUAACUGCUCAGAACGUUUUCAUAGUUAGAAAUUUCAAGUAUAGUUGUUAAACUAUUAUCAAAGUGUAUAUGCCAGGUGAUGUCAUAUGGCAUCACCCGCGAGGAAUGGGUUAGAGUUAGAAAAUGGUCACAAGUCUACAUGAACCUCUUAUUCUAAAUGGCAGUAAUAGUAAAAAAAAUCCGAAAUUGAGCCGAGAAUUGCUCGAAUAACUCAAUAAUUUGUAUGCCACUAUGACAAACUAUACAAUAUUAGUUAGUGAGGAAACAUCUGUAGACCACAACUGAACCAUUCAAGAGCUAAUUUACUUGCAUCCAAUAAAAUAUUUAUUGAAUGCAAUGAAUAAUAGAAACCACAUGGAAGCUUUUUAUAUGGGAUUUAGUAGGUCAUUUGAUCACAUCGAUAUACCAAUACUACUUAUUCAAUUGCAAAAAAUGGCAUUGAGCCAGAAAUCCUGAAAUGGCUUGAAUCAUACUUAUAACCAUCGAAUAAUUAAACUCGACGAACAAAUUUUAAAUUCGAUUUAAGUCAAAUCAUAUGUCCCUCGAGGCACUCACUAAGGUCUCUUCUCUUUGUUAUGCACGUCAAUAAUAUUUUCUUCAUUCUCGAGAAACUAGAAGUAUUGAUUGAGGGCGAAAAUAUCAGGCACAGACAUCAAUUCACUUCAGAAUAAGAUACUCAUAUUCUUCAUAUUAUAAUAACUAAAUGUGAAUAAAAUACAACCAAAUUUCAUUUGGUCGAAAAAGACCAACAUCAAAUAUUGAAACAACACAAGAAAAUCAAACUAUAAAAAAAACUGUAGAAGAGUUGAGACCUUAAGAAUUAUCUAAGAUGCCAAACUAACCUUCAUUGAUUAUUAUAACACAAUAAUUCAUUGAGCUAAUAACGUACGUGAGGCUAAAUAUCAUUUUUUUUUUUUUCAAUCAUAUGAAGCAUGUUACAUGCUUAGGUGUAAACAUACAAUCAUUAAAAAAGCGUCGCAAGUUUGCAGCAGUUUCAUUUAUGAACGAUAUCGUUUCGCAGCGAAUUGACUCAGUAACAAUUUUAUUAACUUUGUUAGUUUUUCACGCACCUACUUCAAAGUCAAUGUAUAUAAUAUCCCAAUCACAUUAUGGCCUCUUACCAUCAAAACUGUGAAGACUUUGACUUUACAAUGUCUCGGCAUGAACUUAAACAUUGUUUUAGCGCAAUCGCGAAGCGUAUCGAAUAAAAUUAUAGCUUGUAAGUAAA